UAGUUCUCUCUUUCCACCCAAGGCGCCCCGAAAACGCGCUUUUUUCAAAAAAAAAGAAAAAACUUUACAAAAUGUAUUUCAAAAUAGAAACUCAAAACUGAGAAUUGAAAUCGAAAAUUUUCAGUCGGGAGUGAAAGUUUGAUAUCUGCGAUAAGUGGUUGAAUAUAGAGCGCAUCAGGCGUGGCACCGGACCUCGUGGUGGUCAGUCGAUGUCUCGAUGCACCAGUCUCGUUGGUUGCAAUAAUCCAGUUACGCUCUGGUGCCACAAACGCAACUCCACAUUCCCGCAGUUCCGACUUUUCAAUUCUCCAGUGUAGUGUUAUCAAGAGAAAAAAAAAUACAAAAAAAAAAUACAACUUGUGAUUAGCCUCAAAACUGUGCGGGUUGUGUCUUUAUCUAAUUGAAAACAAUUUUUUUAAACAAAAGGAAACAGGGGAAUACAGUUAAGCAAAGGGAAAGAAUGACUACCGAAGGGGUUCUCGGGCCCGAGGGGUUCCAGCAAUCGAAACGGGUUCCCGGACUCACUGGAAACCCUUGAAGUCGAGACUGCUUCUCCAGAGAAAAUUCUGAAAUGUAGAGUGCGAAAGGGUUUUUUGAUUGCUACCCUCCGGGGAAAUCAUUAGGAAAGUUCUAACGAAUUUAAUUUAGAAGGAAGAAAAAAGGGAUGAAAAGUUUCAAUAAAUAGUUUAGAGAGGAGAAAAACUGGAGGAAAAAAAGUAGAAAGAAAGAUCACUCGAGCUCUGAAGAAAGCUUUGGAUUUCUGCAGUUUACCACUCCCCUGAAACUCUCUGACAGAAAGAUCUCAGUUGUGAGAAAACAGGAAGAUAUUGUAGGAACUUAUCAUAAACUAAGGAGGAUAGGCUGAUAACAAGAGAGAUACGGAAUGUAGGGUAGUCUCGUGACCUAGAAAGGGAAACGCUAAUUUUAUCGAGGGUGCAACGAUUAAAGGGGACUUCUCGGGGAUAGGAAGUGGAGGCGACUGCUAUAAUUUUAGGGUCAGCGCUGCGACGGAUUGAAAUUUAGGAGGCGGGGAAGCCCGAACCCUAUCGACUCGUUUCUCGCCCUAGGUCCUUAAAGGAGGCUUAGGGAUUAAGGAAUCUUGAGGACAUCGAGGGAUCGAGAAUGCUGCGAGCCUGCCGACAUUGGGGCGCGAAGCCAUCCGGACCCUUUUUUGUCGGCAACAGGAAGAAAUGAAGUUGUCCGUGUCAGCUUAUAGAGCACAGGCCAGCGCUCACAAAAAGAUCCUGUCCACCUAUCAGCAUCAGCUGAGUUACGGUGCGACCCAGGCUGCUUCAGCCCGGACCCACUCAGACGCCGCAGCGGUCCUUCCUAACAUCAAGGUGGAUCGGGCGGAGAACGUGGAGGCCCAGGGGGGAGGUCUGGCGCCAUCCUCGGCUUACUGCAGCGGUCCAUCCGGUUCAAGAAUGGGCCCAGGGCCCGAUUCAGGAAGCAGUGGUCCGUCUUCGGCCCCGCAUUCGUUGGCCACGUCGCGCGACGAGGAAGACGACGAAGACGAGGAAAGUAGUAAAAGGAGUCGCGGUGGAACUCGGACAAAAAGUAACCAGCGAUGGAUGAAACUUCGCACAACAGUGCAGCUAUCCUCGGCUAUAUCCACUAUUCAAAAAAAGCCACCUCUCAAGCGGGAGGACUCCUUCCUCAAAAGGUUUUCUACAAGACAGAUACCGGAGAGCCAAGAAACGCUGGACACCGGAGAAGGCGAGGGGGAUCCAUCAGAUGACAAAAACUUAGACACCCGUCGCCGGAGACAAAGAAGAAAUCAAAAACCACCAAAAAGUGUUGUCAACCCUGAUGAGAACUUCUACUACUACUGGUUGAUGCUGCUCUCCCUCUGCAUCCUCUACAACCUCUGGACUCUGAUUGUUAGGCAAAGCCUUCCAGAGCUACAAGCUUUGGCUCCGACGGCUUGGCUUUCUUGUGAUGGAUUCACGGACAUUGUAUUCUUCCUCGAUGUGGGUGUUCAAUUCCGGACUGGGUAUUUGGAACAAGGUCUUAUGGUCUACAACAGCGGAAAACUUGCUCGCCACUACGUUAAGUCCAAAUCCUUCAUACUAGACCUGGUUGCCCUUCUGCCCUUGGACCUCCUCCAGGUAAAUCUUGGAAGCAACCCCAUGCUCAGAUUCCCGAGGUUUCUCAAGAUCUACCGCGUCUACAACUACUACUACAUGGUCGAGUCGCGAACCGUCUACCCGAACCUCUGGAGAGUCCUCAACCUCAUCCACAUCCUCCUCAUCCUAGCCCACUGGUUUGGCUGCUUCUACUACCUUCUCAGCGAAGCCGAGGGCUUCCAAGGCGAUUGGGUGUACCCUUACAGACCUGGGGAGUAUGCGACACUCACAAGAAAGUACCUUGGGUCACUUUAUUGGUCGACCCUUACCCUCACCACCAUCGGGGACCUGCCAACCCCGGAAACCAACGCCGAAGUCAUAGCGGGCGGCAACCCCCGGAGCCUCGCUCGACGUGGCCGACUGUCCCGGCUUCUGCAGUUCAAGCAUAACGGAGGAUAUGUCUUCACUAUCAUCAGCUACCUCAUCGGAGUUUUCAUUUUCGCCACGAUAGUCGGCCAAGUUGGGAACGUCAUUACCAAUCGAAAUGCAAAUCGGCUGGAGUUUGAGAGACUCCUGGAUGGGGCAAAAACCUACAUGAGACAUCACAAGGUACCUGGGGGGAUGAAAAGGAGAGUCCUGAGGUGGUACGACUACAGCUGGUCUAGGGGUCGGAUCCAGGGAGGGGGUGACAUCAACACUGCUCUUGGUCUGCUUCCAGAUAAGCUCAAAACGGAGCUGGCGCUUCAUGUCAACCUCUCUGUUCUGAAAAAGGUCACUAUCUUUCAGGAAUGUCAGCCGGAAUUCUUGCAUGACCUCGUCUUGAAGAUGAAAGCUUAUAUUUUCACCCCAGGGGACUCGAUAUGUCGCAAGGGCGAGGUUGCUCGAGAAAUGUUUAUAAUAGCAGACGGAAUAUUGGAGGUAAUCAGCGAGACUGGCAGAGUUCUCACAACUAUGAAGGCUGGAGAUUUCUUUGGAGAAAUCGGUAUUCUCAACCUUGAUGGGCUGAAUAAACGUACAGCUGACGUCCGUUCGGUUGGCUACUCGGAGUUGUUCAGCCUCUCCAGAGAGGAUGUCCUCGCUGCCAUGAAAGACUACCCAGAGGCUCAAGACAUCCUCCAAAACCUCGGGAGAAAACGCCUCAUGGAAGCCCAGAGAGUAGCCCGAGCAUUCAAAACACCUUCCUCUCCAGGUCAUGACUCUUCCGACAACAGCACUGGAAAACGAAUAGUCGACAAGCUCAAAUGCGAUGUCAAAGGCUUGAAAAACGUCCUUCGAAAAAGCCGACGCAACACACGCCCUGAUGAGAGUCUAGAACUCCAGCCCUUAACAUCCCGAGGACCUCCUCUCAGAAGACAGCCCAAAGUCGACGAUGGUCAAGAAAUCACCACCAUGUCCGAGCCUCCAAUUUCACCACUUGGAGCCGGACUUCCCCUCCUUUCAAGGCUGAGGCUCCUUAAGGAAAAGCAGGACCGAGAAGAAAAAAAAACCCUUGUGGAGGUGCCCCACCAGGUCCCAGAACAGACUCAGGUUUCAGUCGAGACCCAACAUAUAACUCCACAUCUUCCCCUACUACAGAGAAUUUUGAUGAUGAAGUCGAAAAGUGAUCUGGAGGCUCCUGUUGAAAGAGAACCGAUGACGAAAGAGCCUCUUUUGACGAAAGCCAUUCUUGAGGAGAACGAACUUGAUCAGAGGCAAUCUCCGGGGUCGGAUGGGAUUGAAAUUGAGAGGAUAGCUACCACCUCGACUGAAAACGGUGCAUUCAGAAAACCCUGGAAUGUGCUCAAGGAUGCUUCUUUGAAGAAGGACGCUUCACCCCAGAGCAGUCCACCAACGAAGAGGAUGCAGCUGAAGCAGAGUCUGAUCCACAUCAGACAACAGGAGAAAAUGUACGCUUCGGUUGAUGACCUUUCGCCUGAGUACUGUGGGUUACCAUUUGUCAAGAAGCUUAAAAUUCUGAAUGAGAGACAGAAGCUCGCUGAGUUGGAGAAAGCUGUGAGGAGUUCGAGUCUUGACUGUGGGGAGAAUGCUGAGGCUGAGUUUGAUGGAAAUCUGACGAGGAGUCACUCGGAAGCUUGUGCGAUUGAGUAUGCGAGAAGGCUCGCGAAACUUAAUAAGGCUCGUCGAACUUUGUCAUCAUCAGACCAGCUUUCACCCGAGAACGAGACCUUGGAGCGGAGGAACUUGAAAAGCAUCCUCAAAAAGUUAUCAGCUGGAAGUCGAACCGAAAGCUCGGAGACUUCAGCGACCAGCACUCCAGAUAGGGAAAAAGCUACCGCAGAAUUUCGAAAAUUAAUGAGAGCCCCAACGAUAGAGGGCUACGCAGCGAGGCACUCGAAGCUUUCGAAAAGCGUGACCUUCAACAAGUACACAAUGCAGAGUCCACCGAAUGAGCAACUGCCAAGGGACUCUUUACUCGGGAGUCAAGGUCUUCCUCAGCCCCAGGACCAGAUCUCACUGCCACCGCCCAAUAAAUUUAAUUUCCGUCCUCUGAGCAGUGGGGGACUUCAAAUGGUUCCUAGACCGAGAGAGGAAGAGUUCUUGGGGGAACUGGUCUCUGGAAUCAAGGACGUCGUCCAAACGAGGGUGGAGGAGAUUCAACUCAGUUACGAGAAAGAAUACACUUCCUUGGAGUUGGAGAUCAGGAAACGCGACGAGAUCAUUUCCCAACUCCAGACACGAAUCCUCCAGCUCGAGCAGCGAAGGUCCCGCAGCUGUGAGGAUUCAGAUGAUAGCACCGAGGCUGAAGGAUCUAUGGAGGAAGACGUGAUGGAGGAUAGAGAAGACCAUCCUUUCAUGAGAGACGGUUCAGUGGACACUGUCCUCACAGCCCAACCUCGUCUCAGGCGCUCCUCACCCUCGACGGACUCCUCGAUUAAUCGGAGGUCCUGGGAGGAGCACUCUGAGGAGGAGACUCUGGAACUCCAGGACCUUCCGAGGUCUAUCACACCCCAGAGUAUUUGGAAAGACGAUGUAGCGAUAGAUGUAGAUAGUGAUGAGAGUAAGUCGGAUGAUGAGGGUGAAGCCAGGGGGAGCGACACUGACGAGGAGGAGGGUGGCCACAAUAAUUGGGAAGUGACGAUGCUGGCACAGCAACUCGAGGCGAGAAGGAAAAGUAGCGAAAGUUCUAGGUCGGGUUCCUAGCGCAUUAAUGAAAUUUUAGAAAUUCUGUAUUAUUAUACAAAUACAGUCAACUCGAGAGUGUGGCUGAAUCCUUUGUUGAGGGACCCUAGUGCAGCUUUCUGCAAAGACUGCCCGUAUUUAUGUUUUAGUUGUCUGAGGACCUUUAAUGAGGUUAUGAUGUAAUUUAAUUUGUGUUAGCAGCUAUAUAUGAUCGGAUCCGAAGAAAGGGGUCUAAUAAUUAAAAAAUAAAUUUUUAUGUUUUGUACUUUUUCGAGUACUUUGAAUUCUGCACUUUUGACUGCAAAUUCGAAUUCAACUGUGCAAAAAUCUCCCCUGGUCAGUAUUUGAUUCCAGCUAUUUUAAACUUAUCAAUUUUUUACUCCAAAAUCGGACAGCGGGUAUACAUUUUUCGUGCAAGCAGAAUUUUUCUCCCGUUCUGGUGAAGCAGUUACAGGUGUUUUAAUAUUUUGAAAAGUUCAAUCGAUCACUUGCCUUGGUUUCUGCCCAGAUAAAAAUUUUAGCACAUCAUGCGCGCAUGGCGCAGGCACCCUGUGCAUAUUUUCACGCACGACGUGAGUUCCGAUC